CAGCGUCAAUCACGCCAAAUUCUUGAUCCGUGGGCUGGUUUGUUCCUUUAGACCUCCUGACCGUAGGGCAUCUCAGUCGAUCACGGGAUUUCUUCGCCAGCGGACGCAAAAACAGAUUUCGGGACGACUUGAGAUUCAAAGGAUUGAAGAAAAAUAAACAUGGGAUGGUACCACAUCCCACUUCUCGUGGCCUUGCUGAUAGCACCUGCUCUAUCAUGGCGAGAGCGCCAGAAAUCUUUCCGUUGCGGGGAGCUUGUGAAAUGUGAAUCUCGAACCAAACGUCCCACCGCUUUGGGGUUCGAGGCCGAGUACCGAAUUCGGCGUAGCAUCGAUCUCUCCGCAACCAACCCUCUGAUGCCGGACGCAAAACUUCCCGCCGAUCUUGUACCACAGAACUACACCCUGCGGAUAGCGAUGAACCCUGAGGCGCUAACCUUCCACGGCUCGGUUAACAUUACGAUGACCUGUGCAAAAAAGCGCGCCAAUCAGGUCAACCUGCAUGCCCACACCGAUCUUCAGAUUGACGAAGCCAAUCUGGAGAUUUGGAGACUGGACGUUGGUCACGUCGGACCGGUCAAGAUCCGUCGGGUCGAUCGGAUCCCCAAGAAGCCGCUGCUGGUGGUUUAUUUACAUGAUGAUUUGGAGGUGGGCGGCACCUACGAAGCGAGAAUCAAGUUUAAUGGCAACAUCUGGGAGAAUACGGAAGGUGUGUUCCAAGGGAAAUAUAAGGUGGAUGCUGCAGAUGUUACGGCACCGGAGCAGACUAGCUACUUUGCCACACACUUCAGACCGAAUCUUGCCCGGCGAGUGUUCCCGUGCUUCGAUGAACCUGCCUACAAGGUUCCAUUCCAGGUAUCGAUAGUACGGCCAAAGGGGUAUCACACGCUUUUCAAUACAGAACUUGAAUCGUCGGAAACGUUAGAAGAUAGUACGGUAGAGGAUCGCUUCAAGAUCACGCCUCCCCUUUCGACUUUUGCGCUAGGAUUCGUGAUGUCCAAUUUGGCUGAAAUUACGCACGGUAAGGAGUUGGAUGUGGCUGGAAAACCAAUGCUGAGGAUUUGGGCUAGACCUGAUAUGCACGACCAGAUGAAGGAUGUGCGGGCCAAGAUUCUGGUGAUCAUGGAGUAUCUGACCAAUUAUUGGAACACCAGUUUUCCGUUGGAGAAGUUGGACAUCGUGGCUCUACCAAAUUUUGCUUCCGUCAAGCCAGCUGACAAUUGGGGAUUGAUCGUUUUCAAGGAAAGUGAACUGAUGAACGGGUAUUACACAAUCACACAGGAACUGGUUUACCAAUGGCUCGGCUCAUGGAUUACACCGCACUGGUGGACUGAUGCCCACGUCAAUAAGGCCAUUGCGGGAUAUCUGGCCGCAUCUGCCACGAUCAAUCUCGAUAAUGGUGUUGAGUUUGAAGGCAAGUGGCCCAUGACUAUUUUGUACUCGAUCUACUACGAGUUCAGUAAACGCUAUCCGCAUUCAAGGAUCACGGCCAUGAAGCAGGAAACCACUUGCAGUAAAACGGAACUGGUUCUGAGGAUGUUGAACUUCACCCUGGGCGGCGAUACUUUCCGCAAUGGUUUGCGGAAGUUUAUCGAGCAUCGCGAGUACAAGACCUUUGUCACCGGAGACAUUUGGGAAGCUCUGACGAAGCAAGCUCACCUGGACAAUCGCUUGUGUGAGCAGGCCACGAUCAACGAUAUCGCCGAAAGUUGGAUCACUAAAGAUCGGAUCCCUAUGGUUAGCGUUCAAAGAUCUUACGACAAGAAAACGGCUACGGUGACGCAGCGAUUGUAUCUUCGGGAGCGACCUCACGACGUUCCGGAGCAGGACAAAAUGCUCUGGUGGAUCCCGCUGAUUGUCGUUCGACAAGAUAACCUGAACUUUACCAACACCAGUGCCACCAAAUGGAUGAAGAAGGUUCGCGAGGUUACCCUGGAAGAUCUUCCCGAUGCCAACAAGUUCAUCAUCGUAAACCCGGAAGAAAUUGGACCAUUCCCGGUGAACUACGAUCAACACAACUGGAAUCUAUUGGCUCAGUAUCUGCUGACCGAGGAAGGUCGCAAAAAGAUUCCAGUUUACACCAGGGCUAAACUGCUCCACGACGCCUGGAACUUGGCGUACGCCGGGGACCUCAGUUUCGCAACUGCUUUCAACAUGACCCUGUUCAUGCAAUUCGAGCGGAAUCACUUGGUGUGGAAUCCGGUGUUCACACUGAUCGACCACAUCGGACGCCACAUCGAUAUGUCGGCGGUGCACAAAAAGUUUGAAAUCUACGUACGAACGUUACUAACUCCUCUCUACGAAGAGCUUGUUCAGGAUCAAUCAAACGAUGAGGAAGAGGAAAAGUGGAAGGGUAAUCUGAGAAACCUCGCAAAGACUUUCCUGUGCCGGGCUGGGUACAAACCUUGUAUUGAGGAAGCGCAAAAGGUGUUCAAGAAGUGGAUGGAUAGCCCAGAACCUGACCUUGGUAAUCCGAUCGCAAACCAGUACAUCUGUCCGGUCUUCAAGUGGGGAACUCAGGAAGAGUGGGAGUUCGGUCUGCAGCGUAUCAUCAACUUCCCGGAGCACAGAGUUCGAAGUGAGCGAACGUACCUGCUGAAAACUUUGGCUGGAUGUCCGAUUCAGACGGCCAAGAUCAAUCGUUUGUUGAACAUUACGGUGUUGGAAGAUAACGGUAACUUCACCGACAACGACAUCGGACUGAUCUUCAAGAUGCUUUCGGGUGGUUCCAAUGGUUACAUGGCACUGUUCCGAUUCCUUCAACAAAACUGGGAAGCCAUCAAGUUGAGAUUCAAGGACCGCGAAAUCUUGUGGGAUAAUCUGAUCAACUCGGCCACCGGACUGUUCACAACGCAGGAGGGAUACGAUCUGGUUUCGCAGCUCUACGUCCAACGGCAGGGUGAGUUCGGAACGGCCGAGCACAUCAUCGAAAAGUCGCUCAAGAACAUCAAGGAAGAAACCAAAUGGAGCGAUGAAAACCUGCCGGUCAUCGAGAAGUGGCUGGACGGUUUCCUCGAUCAUCACAAACUGAGCGAAGAGAAGUUCAUGGGUUAGAGGGAAGAGUUACAAAACUUUGUUAUGAUUCGAAAAGUUCCUAUAAGAGUGGUAUCGUCCUCAGUUCCUAACUAGGCCAAAGUUGAUCAGUAUCAUAACGAUAAGCUAUAACCAGUUAACACUUGGUUACCAACGAAAGAUCUAGGCUAAGACGUAGUAUCUUAACAUGUAAAUAAAACAAUAUCUGUUGUUUCAACUUA